AUGAAGUGUAUUUGGAUUUCUGCUGUUGCCGUUAUUUGUCUCACUACUUUAGGCUCCACCGCACCUGCAGGUGUGUCUCUGAAAAAAAGGGAGGCCGUUGAGCCAGUUGGCGUGUCUCUGAAGAAAAGAGAGGCCGUUGAACCAGUUGGCGUGUCUCUGAAGAAAAGGGAGGCCGAUGUCGCUGUAUCCUUAAAGAAAAGGGAAGCCGUUGAACCAGUUGGCGUGUCCCUGAAGAAAAGGGAGGCCGAUGUCGCUGUAUCCUUAAAGAAAAGGGAAGCCGUUGAACCAGUUGGCGUGUCUCUGAAGAAAAGGGAGGCCGAUGUCGCUGUAUCUUUAAAGAAAAGGGAGGCCGUUGAACCAGUCGCUGUGUCUUUAAAGAAAAGGGAAGCCGACGUGGCUGUAUCUCUGAAGAAAAGGGAAGCCGUUGAACCAGUUGGCGUGUCUCUGAAGAAAAGGGAGGCUGAUGUCGCUGUAUCUUUAAAGAAAAGAGAGGCCGUUGAACCAGUUGGCGUAUCUCUGAAGAAAAGGGAGGCCGUUGAACCAGUUGGCGUAUCUCUGAAGAAAAGGGAGGCCGUUGAGCCAGUCGCUGUGUCUUUAAAGAAAAGGGAAGCCGACGUGGCUGUAUCUCUGAAGAAAAGGGAAGCCGUUGAACCAGUUGGCGUGUCUCUAAAGAAAAGGGAGGCCGUUGAGCCAGUUGGCGUGUCUCUGAAGAAAAGAGAAGCCGUUGAUCCAGUCGCUGUGUCUUUAAAGAAAAGGGAAGCCGACGUGGCUGUAUCUCUGAAGAAAAGGGAAGCCGUUGAACCAGUUGGCGUGUCUCUGAAGAAAAGGGAGGCCGUUGAGCCAGUUGGCGUGUCUCUGAAGAAAAGGGAGGCCGUUGAACCAGUUGGCGUGUCUCUGAAGAAAAGGGAGGCCGAUGUCCCAGUUGGCGUGUCUCUGAAGAAAAGAGAAGCCGUUGAGCCGGUCGCUGUGUCUUUAAAGAAAAGGGAAGCCGACGUGGCUGUAUCUCUGAAGAAAAGGGAGGCCGUUGAGCCAGUUGGCGUGUCUCUGAAGAAAAGGGAGGCCGUUGAACCAGUUGGCGUGUCUUUGAAGAAAAGGGAGGCCGUUGAACCAGUUGGCGUGUCUCUGAAGAAAAGGGAGGCCGUUGAGCCAGUCGCUGUGUCUUUAAAGAAAAGGGAAGCCGACGUCGCUGUAUCUCUGAAGAAAAGGGAAGCCGUUGAACCAGUUGGCGUGUCUCUGAAGAAAAGGGAGGCCGUUGAGCCAGUCGCUGUGUCUUUAAAGAAAAGGGAAGCCGACGUCGCUGUAUCCCUGAAGAAAAGGGAAGCCGUUGAACCAGUUGGCGUGUCUUUGAAGAAAAGGGAGGCCGUUGAACCAGUUGGCGUGUCUCUGAAGAAAAGGGAGGCCGUUGAACCAGUCGCUGUGUCUUUAAAGAAAAGGGAAGCCGACGUGGCUGUAUCUCUGAAGAAAAGGGAAGUCGUUGAACCAGUUGGCGUGUCUCUAAAGAAAAGGGAGGCCGUUGAGCCAGUUGGCGUGUCUCUGAAGAAAAGAGAAGCCGUUGAGCCAGUCGCUGUGUCUUUAAAGAAAAGGGAAGCCGACGUGGCUGUAUCUCUGAAGAAAAGGGAGGCCGUUGAGCCAGUUGGCUUGUCUCUGAAGAAAAGGGAGGCCGUUGAGCCAGUUGGCGUGUCUCUGAAGAAAAGGGAGGCCGUUGAGCCAGUUGGCGUGUCUCUGAAGAAAAGGGAAGCCGUUGAGCCAGUCGCUGUGUCUUUAAAGAAACGGGAAGCCGACGUGGCUGUAUCUCUGAAGAAAAGGGAAGCCGUUGAACCAGUUGGCGUGUCUCUGAAGAAAAGGGAGGCCGUUGAGCCAGUCGCUGUGUCUUUAAAGAAAAGGGAAGCCGACGUGGCUGUAUCUCUGAAGAAAAGGGAGGCCGUUGAACCAGUUGGCGUGUCUCUGAGGAAGAGGGAAGCCGAUGUCGCUGUAUCUUUAAAGAAAAGGGAAGCCGUUGAACCAGUCGCUGUGUCUCUGAAGAAAAGGGAAGCCGUUGAACCAGUUGGCGUGUCUCUGAAGAAAAGGGAGGCCGUUGAACCAGUUGGCGUGUCUUUAAAGAAAAGGGAAGCCGACGUGGCUGUAUCUCUGAAGAAAAGGGAAGUCGUUGAACCAGUUGGCGUGUCUCUAAAGAAAAGGGAGGCCGUUGAGCCAGUUGGCGUGUCUCUGAAGAAAAGAGAAGCCGUUGAGCCAGUCGCUGUGUCUUUAAAGAAAAGGGAAGCCGACGUCGCUGUAUCUCUGAAGAAAAGGGAAGCCGUUGAACCAGUCGCUGUGUCUCUGAAGAAAAGGGAGGCCGUUGAGCCAGUUGGCGUGUCUCUGAAGAAAAGAGAAGCCGUUGAGCCAGUCGCUGUGUCUUUAAAGAAAAGGGAAGCCGACGUCGCUGUAUCUCUGAAGAAAAGGGAGGCCGUUGAACCAGUCGCUGUGUCUCUGAAGAAAAGGGAGGCCGUUGAACCAGUUGGCGUGUCUCUGAGGAAGAGGGAAGCCGAUGUCGCUGUAUCUUUAAAGAAAAGGGAAGCCGAGGAGCCAGUCGCUGUGUCUCUGAAGAAAAGGGAGGCCGACGUCGCUGUAUCUCUGAAGAAGAGGGAAGCCGACGUCGCUGUGUCUCUGAAAAAGAGGGAAGCCGAAGUCCCACCGGGCGUGUCAUUGUAG